GCCAUGGUUCUGCUGACGAUGAUAAGCCGGAUCCAAGACGGGCUUCUCUUAGCAGCGUCCAUGCAAGAGACGGAGCAGUCAAACCGGAACUUCCAAGAAUAUCACAACCAAGCCAAGCAGCUCUUCCGUAAACUUGGGGACCAUUCGCCAAACCGGUGCUCCUUGCAAACCGGACCGAUGACUUUCCAUUAUCUCAUCAGCCAGGGCAUUUGCUACCUGACGCUGUGUGAAGCCGCAUACUCAAAGAAGCUGGCAUUCGCCUUCCUGGAGGAGCUGCAAGCCGAAUUCUGGGAGCUGUACGGGAAGAAGGUGGCCUCCGUAUCGCGGCCUUAUGCCUUCAUUGAGUUUGACCUUUAUAUCCAGAAGCUGAAGAAGUCCUACCUGGAUACCUGGUCCAAGCGCCACCUGAGCAACAUCAACAUGGAGCUACAGGACGUGCAGAAGAUCAUGGUCACCAACAUUGAAGAAGUGCUCCAGCGUGGGGAGGCCUUAUCAGCUCUGGAUUCCAAAGCCAGCAACUUGUCGACUCUCUCCAAGAAAUACCGCCACGAUGCCAAACUCCUCAGCAGCCGCUCCGCUUACGCCAAAGCUGCCGCCACCAGCCUGAUCUUCGUAGUGCUGAUGCUCUAUAUACGCUUUUGGUGGCUGGUGUGAUUGCGCCGCCUUUCCUUCCUUCCUUCCUUCCCGUCCCAGCUCUUCAGUCCUGCCUCGUCUGGGAUCGCACUCCCAUCUCGUCCAAGACAGAAUCGAGACCCGCGGCAGCGUCACCGCUGGGAGAAAUGUGAACCGUGGAAGCGUUCCGCUUGGUUAUGAAGGGGUGGUGAAUGAUUUUUAACGCUGCACUUUUGCCACCUUGUGGCCAAAACUGGAACGGCAAUCAUUUAGAUGUCCGGUAGAAUGACGGCUUAUUUAUAAUUGUUAAAAAAAAAAUUGCUUUUCAUGUAUAAAGUGUUUGACAUUGUUCUCUGUCUUCAAUAAAAGAGGGAAGGCAGAGAGGAGAGCAGCGCGUCCCUUGAGAGAUCCUAUGAGCAGCUUCCGCACGCAAAGUGUGCUGUGGUACCAUUAACAGAUUUAUGGUGGCAAAAGCUUCUAGCACGAUAAAUCUGUGAGUUUUUAAGAUACCACCAGUCUGGGUGUCUUUAGUGGAACAGACUAAAACAUGGGCAGGGGGACCCAACCCUACUGGGUUCCUCUGCCCAUGUUUCUUUUUGGUGGGGCUCCUUUACCUUUGACAGCAGAAAUUCAACAGGUCAACCUGCUGUAAUUGCAUCUCCGUGAUGGAAACCAACCACCUUUUGGUCUGCCUACCAACUAUUUGAGUUUCUCCUCAAAGGAAACUGG